AUGUCAGCUGAACAACUCAAAUUACUUAGUCGACGUAUUGAUCCUUCCUUACCUGUGUCUCCUCUUGGUUCACCUUCUAAACCAGUUCUACCUGCUAUUUUUACCAACAAUGAAGAAGAUGAUGAACAGAAACCUUGUCCUUAUGUUUGUACUCCUUGCAAUAAAAAAUACAAAACUCGAAAUGGAUUGGCCUAUCAUCUUGAUCGAUGUGUUCAUAUCUCUACAAUCAACCAAUCAGCAGCCAAACCAACAGGGGUGCUUUGUGUGUGUGACCAUCCUACUGAUGACAAAGGAAUGAUGGUUCAAUGUGAUGAAUGUCAAUUAUGGCUUCAUUUGGAUUGUCUUGGAACAAACGACUCUGUAUUGGAUGACAUUUAUCAUUGUCCACGAUGUAUUGAACAAUCCAAACGCGCUAAACUUGUCAAUUUACCGAAAUCCGAAGAAGAUUCAACCAAUUAUAUUUCAAAUAUACCGACUGACAUCAAAUCAUCUACAAUACAACAACAAAUUUGGUCUGAUUUUGAUCUUGCAGAAAAAGCAAAACCAACUACAACGAUAAACAAGAACGAUGUGAACAUGUGGGGUUUAUCGACAGCAGACAUACCAUCACUUUUAUAUUCAGACGCGAUGCCCAGUACAUUGGAUGAUGAUUUGCCAUACCUGAUGGAUCUACCUUCAUCCGACCUAUCACCACAUGACUUACCACCAACUGAUUGGUUCCAAUUUGCCAACUUUGACGAUGAUUUUCAUUGUGAUGAUUCCCAAACGACUACUCAAUGA